GAAACAAUAAUAGUAUCAAUUUUGUGAUCGAGCUUCUGAAUUUGUUGUGCAUCAAUCAUGGCUAACAACGUAGUUUUAUUAAGCCUGCUACUGGGAGCCCUGUGUCUUGGCUUCCUGGCAUCUGCCUUGGAACCUAGUCCUUUGCAAGAUUUUUGUGUAGCUGAUGACACUGCCUCAGCAAGAGUGAAUGGGCAUGUCUGCAAGAACCCUGGAUCAGUUGGCGCUGAGGAUUUCUCCUUUAGCGGCCUGCAUAUGCCCGGCAACACCUCCAACCCUAACGGCUCGAGGGUGACCUCGGUCACUGUUGCCCAGUUGCCGGGGCUCAACACCCUCGGAAUCUCCAUGGUGCGCAUUGACUACGCCCCGUGGGGAAUCAACCCUCCCCACACUCACCCCAGAGCCACUGAGGUCUUGACCGUCAUCGAGGGCUCACUUGAAGUAGGGUUUGUGACCUCCAAUCCCGACAAUAGCCUCAUCACCAAGACCCUUCAGAAGGGAGAUGUUUUCGUGUUCCCGAUUGGACUCGUUCACUUCCAGCGCAAUGUGGGGACUAAAAAUGCAGUUGCUAUAGCCGCAUUGAGCAGCCAGAACCCUGGGGUCAUCACCAUUGCUAAUGCAGUUUUUGGGUCGAAGCCCGAAAUUAGUAGUGAUAUUCUUGCCAAGGCCUUCCAGGUCGAGCUGAGCGUUGUGCAGAAGUUGCAGGCUAAAUUUUAGAGAGCUGGGGAGUGGCUCCAAGCUAAACUUUAGGGUGAUUUGCAAUGGUGGUGUGUUGUAACUCGUUUUAUUGAUUUGAUUGUUAGUUUGUGUGUUGCAUAGUGAUUCUACUGAGUG